AUGAGACAAGUUCGAUCGCAAGAGACAAAUGAGGACCGUGAGCACCGUUUAGCUUACAAUAGAGAACAAACUGCGGAAUCUCGGGCAUCAGAGUCCAGUUUUAAUAAUGAAACGCGCUUAGCUACAGAUCGCGAACGUCACGCGUUGUCUCGCGCUUCGGAAACAUUAACAAAUUACUCUCAGCGUUUAAAAGUAGACCGUGAACGUCAUAUCGAGUCUCGAGCUUUAGAGACGUUUACGGAGCAUUCAGAAAGGUUGACUGCAGACCGUGAACGUCAUGCUGAAAGUCGCGCUUCAGAAACGUUUACGCAAUAUUCAGACCGCUUGACAGCAGACCGUGAGCGUCAUGCUGAGUUUCGCGCUUCGGAAACAUUUACGGAGUGUUCAGAACGGUUGACUGCAGACCGUGAACGUCAUGCUGAGUCUCGCGCUUCAGAAACGUUUACUCAAUAUUCGGAACGCUUGACUGCAGACCGUGAGCGUCAUGCUGAGUCUCGCGCUUCAGAAACGUUUACUCAAUAUUCGGAACGCUUGACUGCAGAUCGUGAGCGUCAUGUCGAGUCUCGCGCUUCGGAAACAUUUACGGAGUGUUCAGAACGGUUGACUGCAGACCGUGAAAGUCAUGCUGAGUCUCGCGCUUCAGAAACGCUAACUCAAUAUUCGGAACGCUUGACUGCAGACCGGGAACGUCAUGCAAGAUCACGUGCUUCGGAAUCAUUUACUCAAUAUGAAGCGAGGUUAGCAGCAGAUAGGGAGAGCCGUUCGGAGAGUCAUCGCCCUCGCUUUAUAAAGUUCACUACUUGUAAUCGAAUGUGCUAUUACGCUAUUGUAGUAAUAAAAACGUACGAAGUAGAUACAUAA